AUGGACAAGAUAUAUAAUCCAAACCAGACGUGCAGGUGCCACCACGGUGGGGGAGUCAAGGACAUGCCGGCGGCAAUCAACCUGCUGGCCAGCGUUAAAAGCCGUUGGAAGACCUGCAAGACCCGCAUGAACGGGGCAUCAAGCAGCUCACAUUGCCUGGUGGUCCUCACAAUCGCGUGCGAUCAUCCAGUCGCCAACCAGCAUUGCAGCGACCGCUUUGAGGGCAUCCUGGUCACGGGUGAGGAUGCUGAGCAGCAGGUCAGGAGGGCCCAAGAAGAGAGCAUCGCCAUUAACACCUCGCUCGCCGCGCUGGGGCGUGUAUUCAUGGCACUGUCCAAAGAGGACACUGCACACGUGACGCUCAGGGACAAUCCAUUGACGUGUUCGUUGCAG